CGUGGAUGAUCUGUCCUCCCACGAGGCCUCGUCGUUUCCGACUCGGAAGCUUUCCCUUCUUCAUCCAAGCUGUGUGUCCCAUCCUUCUCCAGUCUUCCCUCUAUCAUCUCGCUAUCGGGACAUCAACAAGUGAUCGAACCGGGUCCCGUCACCGCCCCCAUUUCCAUGGCGUCGUCUCUCCUCGAAUCCGGAUGGCUGCCUUCAGGGUCAUGCAAUGCUCGUUAGGAAUCCUCCGAUUCCGGCCGGCGCUAGUAGUUUCGAUCUUGUUCGGUACAAUCCUGCGUUCGUCUUGAUUGGCCAUUAGGGUUAUGGAAUGCUUGUCAGGAAUCUUUUGAUUCCUGUCGGUGAUGUAUCUAAUCACCAAGUUCAGUGAAUUUCAAUUGGCUACUCUAUGCACUUUCUUAAUUCAUGAAAGUGUCUUUUUCUUGUCUGGAAUUCCAUCUAUAUAUUUUGAGAGGUCAGGACUUUUCAGCAAAUACAAGAUUCAGAAGAAAAAUAACACUCCGGUUGCGCAGGAGAAAUGUAUUUUGCGACUAAUCUUGUACCAUGUCUGUGUGAACUUACCAGUUAUGAUUGUUUCCUAUCCCACUUUCAGAUACAUGGGCCUGAAAAGCAGUCUUCCAUUGCCGCCCUGGAGGGUCGUCCUCUCUCAGAUACUCUUCUACUUCAUCUUGGAGGAUUUUGUGUUCUAUUGGGGGCACAGGCUACUGCAUACAAAAUGGCUGUACAAGCAUGUUCACAGUGUUCAUCAUGAAUAUGCGACACCAUUUGGAUUGACUUCUGAGUACGCCCAUCCUGUUGAAAUUUUGUUCCUUGGCUUUGCUACCAUUAUUGGUCCUGCUUUCACUGGUCCUCACCUAUUUACCCUCUGGUUAUGGAUGGUAUUGAGAGUCUUAGAGACAGUUGAAGCUCAUAGUGGGUAUCACUUCCCAUGGAGCCCCUCGAAUUUCUUACCAUUGUAUGGAGGUGCAGAAUUUCAUGACUACCACCAUCGUGUGCUUUAUACCAAGUCUGGGAAUUACUCAUCGACUUUUAUCUACAUGGACUGGAAGUAUUCUUCCAAGUACAAUGAAAGGAAACUGAUGUUCCUGAUCGUUGCAUACGCACUUUGCCGAUGUCAUAUUACAUGUGUAGGCCAUUCCAAGUGCUGCCACAUCUAAUGAGACACUGGAAGUUAUUCGGUACAGAUAAAGGUUAUCGAGAGCUGAAGUCCCUUGAGGAGGAAGGCAAACAAUUAUAAGUUUCAUGAGGUAUGUUCUUCCUAGCCUCUGCACUAGUCCUGAUAGCAUCUGCAGAUGCUCGUUAUUGUGUCUUCUAGAACAUCCGAAUGGCACGAGGAUGAGCACAAAAUUGUAAGGUGGAAAGUGAAACGCUCUUGGAGACUAUGCUGCAAGUGUUCAUAUGCUGUUACCACCUUAAGGAAUGGAAGCUUCUAAUGGAAUUGAUGAAGGAAUGUAGCAACUCUUUUUUGUCGGUGAUGUUAUCUGAGGAGUUUCUUGGUUUGCUUAAGAACCUGAGCAAAUAUUGCUGUUCCUGAAGCAGCAUUAGAUAACUGACAUUUCUAAAAUCUUGCUUAUGUUAAACUGCUUAGAAAUAACUGUGAAAAUGCUGGUCAACAUUCAUCUGUGGAGAACUGGCUAUUUGGUGUUAACGGCCAUCUGGUGAAUGUGCCAAGGAGGCGUUAUGGAUGGCAUGGGGAUUUGCUAGAACUUUUUCAAAUACUUCCUCUAGCAUGUGGAGUCUUAUAAAUCUGUUCUCAUAUGGUUCAAACGUUU